CUCUUCCUCUCUCUCAAUCUUCACUCUUCAACCCCUCCUCCUCCUCCUCCAUUCUCUUCUGCAUGGAGGUCUGAGGCCACUCGUGAUUUCCUCCUAGCAGGCGUCUCAAAUACCCUGUCUCCGACUUCUCUCUCCUUCCCUCCGAAGUCCGAAUGUCUUACUAAUAUUGCCUUUAUGCUCUCUCUCUCUCCCCAACUGGUUAGUUGCAUUCAACAGUGGUGACCUGCUUUUAGCGAUCUUUUUGUUUGGAUCCUGAAAUUCCUGCUACCUUUCCAUUUUAUGUUAAGACCGUUCCUUCUCUGUUGGCUGAUCGAGGUCAUCCGGCUCCAGUUUCCGUGCAAAAGUUAUUUGAAAAUCAUCGCUUACGCGUUACUCUGGAGUCACCAUGUUGGAUCUUAAUCUCAACGUCGUUUCCUCUGACUCUGCGUCGAAUUCCGUCGACGUGCCUCCUGAGAAUGUUUUACUGCUUUCUGGUAGCCAAAUGGAUAGCUCCGGAAGCUUUAAUUCUUCCAUCGUCAAUGCCGAUACCUCCGCCAAUACUUUUGACGAAGACUCUUGCUCUUAUGAUGAUGCCUUUGCAUACAACUUUGGAAAAGUGAAGAAGAAUAACAUAGAUGAUGGCACAAGCUACAAAGCAGUUGAUCUUCCAGUAGGUGAAGGUGUUGAUGGCUGUAAUCGGACCAUCCAGCUUUUUCCGAUCUUCGGUGCCGAAGAGAGUCGUGUCACUGAAUUGGGAAUCGGUCAGCGAUUUCCAGCUUCGGCUUCAAGUAAGGGAUGGUUGGAUUUCUUGUGCAAGGAGGUGGGUCCCCGUGGAACGCCGGAACAGAGGAUGCUGCCGCCGCCGCAGCAGAGGCCGCAGGUCAAGAAGAGUCGGAGGGGACCGAGGUCGCGGAGCUCACAGUACCGCGGUGUUACAUUUUAUAGGAGGACUGGAAGAUGGGAAUCGCAUAUAUGGGAUUGUGGGAAACAAGUGUACCUGGGCGGAUUUGAUACAGCACAUGCUGCAGCAAGGGCAUAUGAUCGAGCCGCAAUCAAGUUCCGUGGCCUUGAUGCUGAUAUUAAUUUCAAUGUUAGUGAUUAUGAGGAGGAUAUAAAGCAGAUGAGUAAUUUCACAAAGGAAGAGUUUGUGCAUAUUCUGCGGCGACAGAGCACUGGCUUUUCAAGGGGAAGCUCUAAAUAUAGAGGAGUUACUCUACAUAAAUGUGGGCGAUGGGAAGCUCGCAUGGGGCAGUUUCUAGGGAAGAAGUAUAUAUAUCUCGGGCUAUUUGAUAGCGAAAUAGAGGCUGCAAGGGCGUAUGAUAAAGCGGCCAUAAAAUGCAAUGGGAGGGAAGCGAUGACGAACUUUGAGCCAAGCUCAUACGAAGGGGAGAUAAUAUCUCAGGCAGAUAAUGAAGAUGGCAACCCAAAUCUUGAUCUUAGCUUGGCCAUUGCUCCCCCUGUUUACUCUGAUGAUUUUCAAGUCCCGCACGGCUGGCCCAAUCUGCCCGUUGAUGGGAGAGUUGCGUUUGAGAACUCUGCAUCAAGGUUAUUGAAGGGUCAACCGUCUCAUGUUUUCCCGAUAGCUACCCAGCAUCCUUCUGUCAGGAAUAGAACUGAUUUCUUUCCCAUUAAUCAGGUAAGGAAAGAGCAAUGGAGAAAAGGAUGGAAGCUAAUCCUCUGCCAAACUGGGUAUUUCAAUACCAAGGUCCAUAUGGCGAGGCAAGUUUGAUUCCAUCCUUCUCUGCUGCAGCAUCAUCAGGAUUCCCUUCAACAAGGUUACCACCAACAGCAGCAGCUGAUAGUCAGAUUCAUUUUCCAAACAUGACGAUCCAUCCUUAGUUUUCUUCAUCAAUCACAACUCUAGCAUCUCAGCCCCUUAAAGCAGAAGUUGAUGAGAACAAGGUUAUGCGGGUCAAAGCACCAGUUUAAAAUCAUCUAAGCUUGAUUAGUAGGUUGAUUGUGGCCAACAAACUGGUUUGCGAAAGUGUUUAUGGGACUGCUCAAGAGAUCUUGCCAUUGAAUUGCUUAACCUUUACUUAACGUUUAAUCGAUUAAUUUUCACCAUUACAACGAACUGCUACCAGGUCAUUUUGAACUUGUGACUUUUUUGGUGCUUAUCCGACACUAGUAUCUGUUUCAGCCAAGAA